AUGGAAGCCAUAACAAAAUCUCUCUACCUAACAAAAAUCCCUAAUUCUCAAACCUACUCUAGUUCUUCAUCAAAUUCACCACUUUUAUUCCACUCCAAAGCCACUUCAGUAACUUUCAAUUCAUCAACACAUCAUUUCCCCAAAUGCUUUCUUUCUCAGCAAUCUGGUGGUGGAGUUAUAAAUCCCAUAACAAAAGAAAAGGAAAAAAUGGGAGCUAUACAUGCAUCAGAGGCUACAACUCCCACAACAAACGCUACUGGAAGAUGGAUUCUUGAACCAAUUGGAGAUGGUGAUUCUAGGCAUAUAGGCUACAAGGUUGCGAUGCCAGGUGCAUACGAAAUUGAUUCUAAUGAAGUCACCGUAGGACGUGUUCCAGAGAAAGCUGAUCUGGUGAUUCAAGUCGCAACAGUGUCUGGUGCGCACGCACGCAUUCGGAAAAAAGAAGACAAUCUUCUAGUUAUGGAUUUGGAUAGCACCAAUGGGACAUACGUCAAUGAGAAACGGCUGAGACCUGGAGUGGUUACCUCUGUAUCUCCUGGGAGUUUUAUCACUUUUGGGGAUACUCAUUUGGCUAUGUUUCGCGUGUCAAAGAUAAAAGAUGAGGAGGCUGCAGAUACAACUGAAGAAACAGAAGGUGAAUCAGACAAUGGUGACAAAUCUGAUAUUACUGAAACAAGUUGA